ACUGAUACGAGCGCAUUGUACCGUUUCAGGGAUUUAUAAAACUCUGUCUUGCAUCGGAAUUUAAGGCCUCGCGGUCGCAGUAGUUCACAGGCCCCUCUGACAUGGCGGACAGCGAAGACACCUUUCGGCUCCAAAACUCUCCCAGUGACACCGAUUCAAAAGAUUUACAAAACGAUAGUAAAUCAGAAAAGCAGAAUGGAGCCGUUAGCAAAUCUCCGUCAUCACAGACAACAUACAUUCAACAGGGAAUGGAAGGGAUAAAAGUUUACUUACACGAGCGAGAGUUGUGGACAAAGUUUCAUGAAGUGGGAACUGAAAUGAUCAUCACCAAAGCAGGGAGGCGGAUGUUCCCAAGCUUCAAAGUGAAGGUCACCGUGUUGAACCCAAAAACCAAAUACAUUCUGCUGAUGGAUGUUGUGCCAGCGGACGACCACCGCUAUAAAUUCGCCGAUAACAAAUGGUCUGUGACAGGGAAAGCAGAACCUGCGAUGCCGGGAAGGCUGUACGUCCAUCCAGAUUCUCCAGCCACUGGAGCGCACUGGAUGCGGCAACUGGUGUCUUUCCAGAAGCUUAAAUUAACAAACAACCACCUUGAUCCCUUUGGACAUAUUAUCCUGAAUUCCAUGCAUAAAUAUCAACCGAGGAUCCACAUCGUAAAGGCAGAUGAAAAUAACGGAUUUGGAUCCAAAAACACCGCUUUCUGCACUCAUGUGUUCCCAGAAACGGCUUUCAUUGCAGUCACAUCUUACCAAAACCAUAAGGUAAGACGGGAUAAAAUGAGUGACGAGAAUUUUAGGUUAUCUGAUUCAGGAAUUCCAAACAAUGACCGUGCAUACAUGAAGUUUAUAGGUCUUUGGCCGAAACCGGUGACCUUCCCUGCAGACACCUUUGAUCUGACUGAUGGGGCCUCUCUGGACAACCUGCUCCUACGCAUCCAGUCUUAUCCCUCGCCGGGACCCCGAGCAACCCCCAACCAGCCGGAGAAAUUCAUUAACCCUGUAGCCUCCCUGCCUCGUCCCUACUGCUUAAUGGCUGAUUUAUGA